GAACGCAUCACAGGGAGGAGUGACCAUAUUUAUAUAUAUAUAUGUGUGUGUGUCUAUGGGAGUGACAUUAUUAACAGACAUAAGAGAGAGCACAUAAACGCAUCAUACAGAAAGAUGUCUGGGACAGCGAACACAUCUGCGACCGCAAAAAUGAAAAAGGACGAAUCUUUCCUCGGGAAAUUAGGAGGAACCCUCGGGCGGAAGAAAAAGUCUAAAGAAGUGAGUGAUCUCCAUGAGGAGGGGAAGAAUGCCAUCAACGCUCCCAUGCUUCCCGCAGGGACAGAGAUCCACCCCGAGGACACGCUGAUGGAGGAAAACGCAGAGAGGAUCAUGUUGGACCCGACGUCGCGGGACAAUCUUAAAUUUAAAGAUCUUCUGAAGGUCCUGAUCGACUGGAUCAACAGUGAGUUGGAGGAAGACAGGAUCAUAGUCAAAGACCUGGAGGAGGACUGUUAUGAUGGACAAGUGCUCCAGAAGUUAUUUGAAAAGUUGUCAGGCAGGAAGUUGAACGUGGCCGAGGUGACUCAGUCAGAGAUCGGACAAAAGCAGAAGCUUCAGACGGUUUUGGAGUCCGUCAACGAGCUGCUGAGGCCUCACGGCUGGACCAUUGAGUGGAGCGUGGACUCCAUCCACUCAAAGAACCUGGUGGCGAUCAUCUAUCUGCUUGUGGCUCUCGCGAUGCACUUCCAGGCCCCCAUCAGGCUGCCUGAGCAUGUUUCUGUGCAGGUGGUGGUCGUCAAGAAGCGAGAAGGCAUCCUGCAGACUGCUCUUGUGACCAAGGAGCUGACGAGCACCACAGAAAUGAUGAUGGGAAGGUUUGAGAGGGACGCGUUUGACACUUUGUUGGAUCACGCACCUGACAAGCUCAACGUGGUGAAAACGUCUCUCAUCACCUUCGUAAACAAACACCUGAACAAGCUGAACCUGGAGGUCACUGAGCUGGAAUCUCAGUUUGCUGAUGGCGUGUACCUGAUAUUGCUGAUGGGGCUGCUAGAAGACUACUUUGUCCCUCUGUACAACUUCUUCCUCACCCCUGAGAGCUUCGAACAGAAGGUCCACAAUGUGGCGUUUUCCUUCGAGCUGAUGCAGGAUGGAGGCCUGAAGAAACCCAAAGCCAGACCUGAAGAUGUUGUCAACCUGAACCUCAAGUCCACCCUCAGAGUCCUCUACAACCUUUUCACCAACUACAAAAACUCUGACUGAACUUUUCCAGUGUCCCCCCCCCGUUAUUACUUUUGAACGCUGCCCUGUGCCUGUGCUCAUAUUACACAUUGCAGUCUGUACAAUGGAGGAGAUCAACUAGGACUGAAAGUCACCAUUAUAUGUGAUUUAAAAAGACCCCGGGGGGAGUCGCCUGAAAGGCUCUGAAUGUUAGUAUUUAAUCUUCUUCAAAUGUUAGUAUUUAUUUAUUCCUCCAAUGUUAAAUGCAACCAAGGAAACCUUUAUCCUUUUGAAUACACAGCUGUCACAGCAGAAAUGAAUGAGGGCAGAAUGCUAAAACAUUUGUGUGUUAAAGUGUUUACUCUCCAGAAUAUUUAAGAAAGUUGAAAAUGCUGUUUUAUAUUAGUUAGUAUCUCAAAUUAAUUUGUGUAAAUAUUUAAAGUAUAGUUUUUGGAAAUAAACAUAUUCUUUUUCUUGCCAAGAGUUACAUGAUAAGAUUUUUAUCCCUAUAUAUUAAGCUAAGGUUAGCAACUAGUUAGCUUAGCUUAGCUUAGCUUAGCAUAAAGACAUGGGGAAACUGCUGGUGCUGACUGACAAAUAGGGAAAAACAGUUUAAUAGCUUUAGCUAAGGCUCACCGUGGCUAAUGAUAUAGCUAUCUUUUUUUGCUGUCUCAUGACAGUACCGUUUUUAGCUCCAUUUGGCAGUUACUACACAUUUAAAAAGCUGUUUUAAAAAUGUUAUGGCAUACUAUUUUAGUAUAAAGAAAUACAGAUGUCAAAAAAUCUGAUUCUGGUUGUAACUCAUGAACAAAUACAUCAUAGUUGCUGCAUUUUGCCUUUUGUAGGGCAGAGCUGUUUCCCACUGCUUCUAUCGUUAAGCUAAGCUAAGCUAAGCUAAGCUAAGCUAACCGGCAGGUGACUGUAGCUUUGGACUCACUGUCUUCUCAUGUAACUCUAGAAAAAGAAGCAUUUUCCCCCAAACUAUUCCUUUAGGAAUCUUGAAAAUGCUAUGUAUUAUGUAUUAUAUGAUAUCUGAAAAUGCUUUGUUUGUAUAUUCUUACUACAGCUAUAUAUAAAUAUAUAUAUAUAUUAUAAUCGCUUUUACUUGACAGCUGAAUGAACUGUGAACGGUCCUCUUUACUCUGAACUAUGCACACCACUUCUCAAGCCAUAUUCUAAAGCUGAUGCUUUUGCCUUAAGUGCAACCGCGCUCUCGCUCCAUCCCGAGAGAGCCGAGAGUAUCUCCGUAUUGACCUGCCUUUCAGACGAGUCUCCGAGGAGACCUGGACCUUCACACUGCUCUCCUGAAGCAGAGCAUGGAGACAUGCUCAGAUUAACCAUGCACGACUACUCAUGCAUUUUAGAGCUGGGGAUGAAUUAUUAAGAAAGUGGAUGAAUCAAUCUAAACCACGCUUGCGUUGAAUGUCUCACCCCUGUGCGUUUUCUUUAUUUUUUUAUUAUCUUGCCUAUCAAGAAAUAAAUGCCUGAAAUCAAA